CUGCGCGGGAGGAGGAGAGGCCUAAGCGCCUCGCUUCUUCCUCCCAGGCAAAGCGAACGGGCUGGAAGUCGGGGCGGCAGCCGGAGAUGAAGCUCUCGAAUGCGAUCCUUGGCCAUGGAGGAUAUGACUCUGAUUUUAGUGAUGAUGAAACAGGAGAGAAAUCGGACCAGCAGAAAAAUAGGAAUGAAGAUGCAUUACUCAAAAAGCCCUUCCAGAAAGAAAAACAGAGCAAGGUGGCCCACAGACAGGUGGCGACAGAUGAAUGGGACAGGGAAGAAGCAAGAAAUCAAAGAUUUCAUUUCCUAGCAUUGGAUGCUUAUGCAAGACAUAAGAAAAUGGUCAAUGACUAUAUUUUGUACUACGGUGGCAAGAAAGAAGAUUUCAAACGUUCAGGAGAAAAUGACAAGACUGACCUUGACAUUAUAAGAGAAAACCACAGAUUCUUGUGGAGAGAGGAAGAUGAAGCUGACAUGAACUGGGAGAAGAGGCUUAGCAAGAAGUACUACGAUAAAUUAUUCAAGGAGUACUGCAUAGCAGAACUGACUAAAUACAAAGAGAACAAGUUUGGAUUUAGAUGGAGACAUGAGAAAGAGGUUGUGUCAGGAAAAGGUCAGUUUUCCUGUGGAAGUAAGCACUGUGAUGAGAAAGAAGGCUUGAAGAGUUGGGAGGUGAAUUUUGGUUACGUUGAGCAUGGCGAAAAGAAAAACGCACUUGUUAAAUUAAGGCUUUGUCCCGAAUGCUCUUACAAAUUAAACUUUCACCACAGGAGGAAGGAAGUCACACCAACGAAAAAGAGAGCAAGCACAGAACAAAGCUCCAAAGCUUCAAAGAAAACAAGGUUAUCUUCACCUCACAGACACAAGCCAAAGAAAAGAAAGAGCCAUAAAGAUCAGUCAUUCUUAGAAGAAUCAGACGAUUCUGACAAAGAUUCUGUCAAUAAUGACGAGCAAGAUGGUCCCUCAGAUGCUGAUUUUUGGAAGGGUCCGCCACAAGAAACUGAAGAGAAAACGCGGGAAGAAGAAUUUGAUGAGUAUUUUCAAGACUUAUUUCUCUGAAAUGUAAUGUGGAAAUCUGGAACUUCGUGGAUCAUCAAAAUCCAUAAAUAAACAUCAAGCUUCCAAUUUCA